ACAACUGGUCUGAGUGAGUCGGUGAAGUUUGAUAUUGCAGUGGAAGUGAUAACCUGUAAAGGUUACAUGGAACUUUAAUGAUCCCCGCGGAGACACAUAGAAUCGUCCAUGGCGAGGUCAAAGUCGAGGGUGUACACUUGUUGCGCACUGAUGCUGCUGUGCGUGGUCGCUAUAAUUGUGUGUCUUGCUGUAUUUGUGAGGCGCAAGUGUCCGGCCGGUACUUUCUCAAAUGCUGCAGUGGCGGCAGACUCUCGGAGAUGUUCAGAGAUUGGACGGGACGUCCUUCAACAAGGGGGCUCGGCGGUAGACGGCGCCAUUGCAGCGCUGCUGUGCACCUCCCUCAUGAACCCACAGAGUAUGGGCAUCGGAGGGGGGUCCAUAUUCACAGUGAUGGACAGCUCUGGUAAAGUGAAAAUCAUCAACGCCAGAGAAACUGUACCACAGUCCUUUCAAUCUGACCUCCUCGAGUCAUGCCCCAAGACCUUCCAGCUGCUGUCAGGGAGCCAGUGGAUUGGGGUCCCAGGGGAAAUUCGAGGUUACGAACAGGCUCAUAGACUUUAUGGGAAGUUGCCAUGGGCAACCCUCUUCCAGCCGGCCAUCCAACUGGCCAGGGAGGGGUUUCCUAUCCCCCAAAUCCAAGGGCGAUACAUCCCCUACAUUGGUACAAACCAGACCCAGUCACUACGGAAGUUGUUUGCAGAUAAGGAUGGGAACUUGCUGAAGACUGGUGAUACAGUGAGGUUUGAGAAACUGGCCGACACCCUUGAGAUGAUUGCAAAUCAUGGAGCAGACGCCUUCUACACCGGAAGAGUAGCUGAGGAUUUAAUCCGUGACAUACAGGAGGCAGGAGGAACACUCACGGUGCAGGACUUGGCAUCAUAUAAGGUUGCAGUGACUGAUGCGUGGGCUGUUCCUUUGGGAGAGUACCAGAUGUAUAUACCCCCACCCCCUGCAGGCGGCACCAUCCUCAGCCUCAUCCUUAACAUCUUGAAAGGAUAUGGCCUGAAUUCAGCAUCACUGACAGGUGAACAAAAGACUCUAGCGUAUCACCGCUAUGUUGAAGCUUUCAAGUUUGCCAAUGGACUAAAGAAACACAUCCAUCCACAGUUCACCUCGGAAGAAAUGGCACGGAAAUUCACAGAGGACAGCUUUGCCGACAGAAUACGGAGCUUGAUCAGCAGCGACAAGACUCAUGGUGCCCAGUACUACAACAUCACCCCGUACCUUGAGAGUGUGGGAACCACGCACGUGUCGGUGCUGGCUGAGGAUGGGUCUGCUGUGUCCGUCACCAGCACCAUCAACCACAUCUUUGGAUCCAAGGUUUUCUCUCCGAGUACUGGGGUCAUCCUCAACAACGAACUGUCCGACUUCUGUGGCAGAGUUGAUAGCAUCUUUCCUGGGGAGCAGCCUCCCUCCUCAAUGUCCCCCGCUGUGCUCAAGUCUCUGUCGAAGACCCUUGUGAUUGGAUCGACUGGUGGGAGUAUGAUCACCACAGGGAUGGCCUCGACGCUCAUGAGUCACCUUUGGUUUGGAAAGAGCCUAAAGGAGGCGAUUGCUGCUCCAGUUGUUUUUGUUGACUCCAAAAAUGCACUGAGGUUUGAGGCCAACUUUGACAAGAAUGUAAUCAAGGCUCUUAAAGCUCUGGGACACAGUCAAGACACAUCGAGCAUUUUCUACAAUGUGGUCAACGCUGUGGAGAAGGAGGACGGCUGUAUCUGUGCAGUGUCUGAUGCCAGGAAACUGGGCCAAGCAGCCGGAUACUGAGACUGAGAGCGAGUGACACUGGUUGCACGAGGUGGCCAGAAGGUUAAAGAGACCGUCCUGCUGCCACAAAACCUGCAACAGAUUCAUCCUGAUGGAGGAUCAUGGCACGAGGCACUGAGGAACUGGCUUCUUGAGCGGAACACAUAAAAGUAACAUGUAGGAGUUAAAACACGUGACCUCUGACUAGACUGGGACUAGACUAGUAUUUAUCUGAACAAGAAGAAAUUCAUACCCCUGUCUCUGAUUGUAUCUGACCUCCUGUGACUCUUUUGUUCUGCUCGUUUCUACACGUUUUUAUCUCUUGUGCAAUUUCUGAAGUGUUUCUCUUUCACUGAAAAUUCUCCAUUCUUCUUACAUCAUACAAAUGACUUGAUAAGACAUCCAUGUAGAUACCUGAGACAAUGCUGGCUGUUUUGGACCGUAUCACUAAGUUAAUUAUUCAUAUCUGGUAUGAUAUGUUAUUCACACUUGGUACAGUCAACGCCGUUUACAUCAUAUAUGAAUACUAUGUUAGUGACAUAUGAAAAGAUUCUAAAAGCUGAUUUUGAAUGUGGAAAAGUCCUGUAAGAAAUGUGUUAACCGUCCAUACGUUAAAGGGUAGUUAUCAUAAUAAUACUUGAAUACAUUUUAUAGGAGCAUAGGAAGGUGCACACGAUUAAUAGCAACAUGUCAUAAUUCUUUACCUGUAUUUAACGAGUUCAACACAAUAAAAAAACAGUGCUUGAAUGGGAUUUAAUCCAUUAAGUUACAGAAUGAGUGCAGUGCUGAAAUAAGAAAAAACGAAUAAGGGAAGAGUUAAACAGAAACACGACAAUAAAAAUAUUGAAAAGAAUGAUAAUAAAUAAUUCCUUUCAAUUUAUGACAAACAACUAAUAAUGGAAAGUGCUUUUUUGGAUGCGGCCCUCAGCUGGCCGGUUCCUUUUAACCUGAGGCCACUUUUGAAGACAUCUGCUCUGUAAAUCCCUUCCUUUGUGCUGUAAUGUAUUCUGAACAAUCUGCUUGACUUGCUUGUGCUGUUUUUCAUAAAUUAUUUUUAAUUUUUGUGCCGGCGCAUGCAGCUGGGGCAAGAAAAUCCAAUCAAAAAGUGACUCAAAAGUUUGUGAGGAAAUACAAUGCACUUUCUGUGUCUGUACGAAGGCUCCAUGAGCCAUCGUUUUUGUUACGAUUCUGCCCCUGGAACUCUGUCGACUCUUGAGAAUUCUUUAUUUUUCUUUAUGGUCUGUUGUACAUGUUUUAAUUACUUCUAAACUUUGAUUUAUUCAUUUAAGAUUCCUCUUUCACCUCUGUUUAGUUACCUUUGUUAUCCCGUCUGUGAAUUCUUGAGUUUCCUGUUUUAUUCGGAAGUCCCCUUCCUGGUGUCUGCACUUCUUUUCCCUCUGUCUUGUUUCUGUUCACUUUACUUUUCCUGUCUCCUCCCCCUGUGAUUGUCCAUGUUGUCUCAGUUUCUCAUAUAAUCAUGUAUUAACAUAUACUAUGUUUAAAAUGUGUGUCUGGUAUGUUGUAAUAAGUAAGUAAAUAAAUAAGUAAUAAUUAGCUGAGCCUGGUGUAAAAAUUCAGAUAAGGGAAGUCUGGUUUACAAGGAGUUAAUGAACAGCUGGUUUAUUAGGGGUAGUAAGACAUUUGUGCCAGGAAAGAAGGAUUUAGGAAGAUUAAAGGGCCAACACUCUUGUUCACCCCGGCCUGGCUAUUUAAGAUGUAUUUUCUGUGAUCUGGGUCAGACUUCUGAACCAUUCCAUGGUGAACGAGCUCUGAACCAGCUGAACAGAUUGUUGUACUCUUGACUUUGUUUCAAUUAAAUAUGACUUGUAGACAAA